CCAGCUGGACCUAAAUGUGGUUGUUCACAGAGUGAAUGUGGGUUUUCCCCGCCAGCUUCUUUCGGUUCCUGCUCACAUAUUAGUCAAAAAGGUAAAGUUUCUCUGAACUCGUUCACUGUGACUGUUAAACAUCCUGCAACCUCCUCUCUAAGAAGGUUUGUGUUUUUGAGAGAAAUGGCAGAACCCGAGACCCAAACUCUGAUUGGAGCCUCCAACCAGCAAACAGUCGUCGAUGUUGGCGCACCAACUCAGCGUGCCCGCUCCUCUCGUGCCUAUAAGGUGGCAGGAGUGACCCUUUUGGCCGGCGUGCUGAUUGUGAGUCAGGUGGCCAUCGCCUAUUUCCUCCUCAGCCAGAGAAGCGACAUCAAAUCUCUGGCGGAACAGAACAACAAAAUCAAGACGGAGUUGACAAAGGGAAGAUCUGGUGGUGGAAGUUCUCUGCCUUCACGGAUGCACAUCCCCAUGCAAGUCUUGCCUGAGAUGUUGGAUAACACUGUGGAGGAGGCUUCAACUGGAACUCCAGAAAAAUCUGCUGAUCCUCUCACCCCUUGCCAAAUGGAGACGACUGGUCUGAAGCCUGUGCAGGUGCCAGGUUUUUAUCCCAUGUGUGACAAGCAAGGCCUCUAUAAGGCCCAACAGUGCUACAUAGAACACUGCUGGUGUGUGAACCCUCAGACCGGGGACCAGAUCCCUGGAUCUGUGCGCAAAGGACCUGUCAGUUGCGUCACACCAGUCGGCAUGCUCACUCUGACUAAUGUCGAUGCCUAAAGCUGUGGUAACUGAAGCUGGAAGAAAUAAUUCUGCUCCUGAUAACAUGCAACUUUGCCAACUUAUAAUCACUAUAUUUGCAGUUCUUAGUAAGCUUGUGGGGUUAAAUAUAUUACUGAUUAACGAUCUAAUUAAACCAUUUAGUUCACUGUUAAUGGAUUAUUGUGCUUUUACUUUUCUGCAUCUCAUCUGCAACUAAUGUUAGAUGCAGGGCAUUUUGACUGUGAUUAGUAUUCAAAAUGGCAAUUAAAGGAUAAGAAUUUCUUUUUGUGCUUUGUCUGCAUUUGUUGUGUGUACUUAAUGUAUUAGUUAUAAGGAAAAUACUUCUACAAAUGUACUGAUACACCAGGACACAAUUAUUAAUUUGGUACAAAUGACACAAAAACUGUAUUUUCCUCAUUUAUUAGAACAACCCAAAUAAACCUUUAACAGAC